ACGCCAAACUCUCAAAGCGAAUAUCAGUACUAAAUUAAAAGGAAAGUGUACAAUGCUUAUGAAAUUAGUCACUCUUUAGAAGAAAACGAAAGCGAAAGUUAAGUCCAAAUUUUAGGUGAUUUUGUGUGUUUAUAACUGAAUUUGCUAGAGCGAGCGCUUCGAGCGAGACAGUGGCUGAUUGAACGGGUAGAAAUGGCGUCGAAACGUCCCUUUACUGAAGAGGACUUUACGUGUCCUGUUUGCUGUGACAUUUUCAGUGAUCCCGUGUUGCUUCGGUGUGGCCACAGUGUGUGUAGAGACUGUAUCCAACAAUACUGGACGACCAAAGGUUCAAGAGAAUGUCCGCUGUGCCGAAAAAGAUCCACCAAGAACCCUCCGGUAAACCUGGCUCUGAAAAACUUGAGUCUCGCUUUCCUGGAUUACCGGGGCCCAUCAGAGGAGCUGUGCGAGGUUCACCGGGAGAGACUGAGUCUGUUCUGUCUGCAUGAUGAAGAGUUUAUGUGUGUGGUUUGCAGAGAGUCACACCAACACAGAAAUCACGCGUGCCGUCCUGUCAGUGAGAUCGCUGAGGAACAUAAGAGAGUUUUUCGCUGUGAACUGGAUCUCUUGACUAGAAAAAAGAAGAUUCUAGAACAUGCCAAAUUUAAAUGCAGUCACCAAGCUGAGCAUAUACGUCACCAGGCCAGUCACACAGAGAACUCCAUCAGAAAAGACUUUAAGCAUCUUCACCAGCUUUUAUAUGAUGAAGAAAAAGCCUUGCUUGUUGCACUGAGGAAGGAAAAGAACCAGAAAACACAGGUCAUGAAAAACAAAAUUGCGAAGAUUAAUGAAGAAAUAUUAUCUCUGCCAGAAACUAUCAAAGAACUGAGAGGUAAAUUGCAUACUGGGAACGUCCAGUUUCUUCAGAACUUCAAGGACAUGUUGGAGAGAGCCCAGAACAUGAACCAAGAAGCAGAAACAAUUCAAGGAGGGCUCAUUGAUACCGCAGAAUACCUGGGCAAUUUGAAGUUCACAGUGUGGUCGAAAAUAAGAGCGUCUAUCAGUUACACUCCUGUGGUGCUUGAUCCAAACACUGCUAACUCUCAGCUUAUACUGUCUGAAGAUCUGACAUGUGUGAGGGACCGAGAUGAGCAAGAAGAGGAAGACAUAGUUGGAGUGCAGCUUCCUGAUAACCCGGAGAGGUUUGAUAGGUGUCCCUGUGUUCUGGGCUCUGUGGGCUAUUCCUCAGGGACACACAUAUGGGAUGUGGAUGUGGGCGACAGCACUUUCUGGAUGCUGGGUGUCACUACAGAGUCUGCCAAGAGAAAAGGAACCAACAGCUUCCCCAGUGAGGUCUGGUGCAUCGGCUAUGACAACAACACACUCAGUAUAAAGGCUCCUCAGGAGUCAUGCAUCUCUCUCAUUUGUUGUGAGAAACCAAAGCAAGUGAGAGUGAAUCUCGAUUUAGAUAAAGGACAGAUUUCAUUUUCUGAUCCUUUCAGCAAAACACUCUAUCAUACAUUCACAACCAGAUACACUGAGAAGUUCUUUCCAUUCUUCUGCAGUCUGUGCAGCAUUUCUUCUCUAAGGAUUCUGCCUGUGGUCAAGCUCUCUAAUUAAAAGAGGUAUAAAGACUGUUCAGAAGCUUUUGUAUGUUUGGCAAGAUGUCUUUCUUGUGUCAGUUUGCAGUGUUUCUUGUCUAGUUUGCCUGUCGAAGAAAAUUUGUAAUAUAAAAAAAAAAACAGUCCAAAGUGACUGGUUAUUUACAGUAUCUUCUUGAACUUUGACUCAGUGUUUUUUAAAGCUUUUUGCAUUUUAUUUUAUAUUUUUAUGUUCAGUUUUCAAAAGUUAAUUUGGUUUGCAUUGGAAAAAAAAGUGUGAAUUGGUACAUUUUAUACAAAUAAAGUGUCUCAGUGUGAAGUU